AUGGCGACUGGAACGGUGAAGUGGUUCAACUCGGUCAAAGGUUACGGCUUCAUUCAGCCGAGCGACGGUUCUAAGGACGCGUUCGUUCACAUCUCCGCUGUCGAGCAGGCGGGACUUACCAACCUGCGCGAAGGCCAGAAGGUCGAGUACGAGCUGACACCGGGCCGCGACGGUAGAGCGUCGGCAGAGAAUCUGGUCGUUCUGGACUGA